UUCAUGACGCCCCUCCCAAUAGUAAUGCCCAGUCUUCCCAGGAUCACCUCUAGGAUGAUCUGCAGCUGACGGCCUGAUUCCAAUCCCGACGAUUCCCACUCAAGCACAUGAAUAUUACCGGCCUCGGAAACGGCAAGCUGACGAUUGGUUCUCAUAUCCUGCUGCUCCCCGGUCGGAGAGACACGACUUUGAUUCUCGUGACAACUAGUGCCGAGUACCCCAUCUCCCCAUGUCCUUUCCCCGCCCGACUAGGUACAGCAGGAACUAUUUUGGCGUCUUCUUACCGAAUAUAGAAUGCUACAGUGUCACAGAAUGGUUCCAUCAUGCCUAUUAGACGGCACGAUACCCCAGACCUGUGUCCAGCAGCCUGAGCCCUGGACCAACAUGCUUCUUCAUUUCUUGACCACUGUAUCCGCUUCCUUCUUUUUAUUGCUUGUAAACAACACACAAGUCUCUGCUCAGUCCGCCGAGUCCAAGGCAACUACUGCCCUCAACACUCUACAAGAUGCAUGGUACAAUGAGACUAGCGGCAUCUGGGACACUUGCGGUUGGUGGAAUGGAGCAAACUGCAUGACUAUGCUUGCAGACUUCGCAGCGAUCGAUAAAUCAGCCAUCCCCAUAGUUACGCAUGUCUUCAAUAACACCUACGUUGUGGCACCGGCCGUAAAUCCAGCCCCAGGAAUCGAGAAAAUGAACACCAAUGGCGAGCCCCAUACGAGUUAUCCCCAAACAUGGCCGCACCACUGGCCUGGAUACCACGGGCACCCGGGCCAAGUCAACGCUUCAGCCUGGCUAGACGGCUACUACGACGACGGCGGCUGGUGGGCGCUCGCGUGGAUCGCCGCGUACGAUAUUACCAAGAACCAGGAUUAUCUGCAGACAGCCAUCGGCAUCUUCGAAGGCAUGACAGCUGGUUGGCCCACGAAUUGCAGCAACGGGGGCAUCUGGUGGUCCUACAAACAUGACUACGCCAACGCCAUCGCCAACGAGCUCUUCCUCAGUGUAGCCGCUCAUUUAGCCAACCGUGUGCCCAACAAAGCCUACUACGUGAACUGGGCGCAGAAGGAGUGGAAAUGGUUCCAAGCCAGCGGCAUGAUAAACGCCAACAACACUGUCAACGACGGCCUCACCCUCGAUUGCAAGAACAACGGCCAGACCGUGUGGACAUACAACCAGGGCGUCGUCCUCGGCGGCCUCGUCGAGCUCAACAAAGCCGCCCCGGACUCCAGCUACCUGCCUGCCGCUGCAAAAAUCGCCGCGGCCGCGAUUUCCGCCUUAACAGACACGAACGGCGUCCUUCAUGACUAUGGGUGCGAGCCCAAUUGCGCGCCAGAUGGGACGCAAUUCAAGGGGAUAUUUGUCAGGAAUCUGCAGGCGCUGCAUAUUGUUGCGCCGCAGAAGGCGUAUGUCAGGGUGAUUCAGGCGUCUGCGAAUAGCAUAUGGAGGAAUGAUCGGGACGAGGGAAACAUGCUGAGUGUAGACUGGGCAGGCCCUUUCCUGAAUCCUGCUAAUGCGUCGACGCAUUGUUCGGCCAUGGAUGCCCUUGUCGCUGCGGUUGUUGUGCAUUGAGUCAGGGGGUUUAGGAUUGCUUAUCGUGGCAAAGGGAGGGCAAGGGUACUGGAAGCCUAUUUUGGUUAGCGCGGUGGUUUUGGUUCGCAUCAAUGGAAUUAGUAUUUCCCAAAUGCUCAGACGGUCGAAAGCAGUACCUUCGAAGAUUUGAAUGACCGUAGAGAUUGAGGCCAGGGUACUGACAGCCUGUUUUGGUUGACGUCUCCUCCUGCAUGAAUGGCACUUUUCGAUUGCUCAGACGGUCAAAAACGGUAAAUUUGAAGGAUUUCCAUGCUCUACUACUUCGAAAGAAUAACAC